CUGACGUUGUUCCGGGUCUCCGCCUUCCGUGUAAACGUAGCCUCCAACGCCAUCUUCCUCCCCCUCCUUGGGUGUUCCUCUCUCUCGAGCUUGAUUCCCCCCUCCUCCCCUCCUCUCCUGCCCCAUUCCUCGGAUCCGCCGGGGAAAUCACUCCGUGACGCGGCCAUAUACCGGAAAAUGGAAAUCCACGGGGGUCGCGGCGCCGGUGGACUUGGGCGGGUCUUGGUUCUGGCCUUCUGCGUCGCCGGUAUCUGGUCCGCGUACAUAACCCAAGGCGUCCUACAGGAAACCGUAUCCACCAAGCGAUUUGGACCGGACGGGAAGCGGUUCGAGUACCUCUCCUUCCUGAAUCUCGCCCAGAAUGUUGUUUGUUUCAUCUGGUCAUUCAUAAUGAUAAAGCUAUGCUCGAGAAGCUCGGCAGGGGCAGCUCCAUGGUGGAGCUAUUGGAGUGCGAGUAUCACCAACACCAUUGGUCCUGCGAUGGGAAUCGAAGCAUUGAAGUACAUUAGCUACCCAGCGCAGGUUCUCGCAAAAUCCUCAAAAAUGAUUCCUGUCAUGGUGAUGGGGACUCUUGUUUAUGGUAUCAAAUACACAAUUCCUGAUUACAUAUGCACCUUCCUUGUUGCUGGAGGGGUGUCAGCAUUUGCACUUUCAAAGACCAGCUCAAAGACCAUAAGCAGGCUUGCUCAUCCAAAUGCUCCUCUUGGUUAUGGGCUCUGCUUUUUAAACUUAGCAUUUGAUGGCUUUACGAAUGCUACCCAGGAUUCUUUAACCACGAGGUAUCCAAAGACCAGUGCCUGGGAUAUAAUGCUGGGAAUGAAUCUAUGGGGCACCAUCUAUAAUGUUGUGUAUAUGUUUGGCUGGCCGAAUGCAAGUGGUUUUAAGGCUGUUCAGUUUUGCAGAGAACACCCAGAGGCAGCAUGGGACAUCCUCCUCUUCUGCCUUUGUGGGGCAGCCGGGCAGAAUUUCAUUUUCCUGACCAUAAGCCGCUUCGGCUCACUUGUCAACACCACCAUCACAACCACCCGCAAGUUUGUGAGCAUUGUGGUGUCCUCCUUGCUAAGUGGCAAUCCCUUGUCCCUGAAGCAAUGGGGAAGUGUCCUAAUGGUAUUCUCAGGUCUCUCCUUUCAAAUCUUUCUCAAGUGGAGGAAGCUACGGAUGCAAAAGAAGACAAAGGAUGCAUGAAGAACUCUCUCUUCCUGAGCCAAAGAAGGCUUUGGUGGCCCCUCAAUUUCGGUAGAUUUACAUACGGAAAUGUAAUUGUUACAUGCUACAGAUAUAACGGAAUGAAUUUUACUAUUAAUUCAGUUACGGGAGAACUCAUUUUUUUGAAGAAAAGUAACUGAACAUGUAGAGCUGAAGGCAGUAAAAUUAUGGCACCAUAUUCUUUUAAGUUAA